UUGGCCAGUUGACAGAAGGGUUUUAUCUGUGUUUUGCUUCUUCGUGUGCUGUGGUUUGUGAAGGUUUUGUUUCCUAAGAAAGGUUUGUCUUUAUCUGUAUAUCUAUGAUUUUAUGUUUUGCUUGAAGAGAAAGAAAAGCAGCAUUCUUUUUGCCGGAGGAGAAGCUCUGGAAAAUAAGCUCAAAGAAGUGAGACCAGUGGGGGAGAAAGCCCGCGUUCCCUCCAGGCCAGUCUUCUGGCCAGCCUGGCUGGGAGGGGCAGAGUGGACGUUGUCCUGGAAAAAGAUCCUGGCGGUCAUCCUGACGUAUCCUCUGCUCAGGACCUUUACCCUCUGGCUCCACUCCUCCCUCACCAGGAACCACAUCUCUGGCACUUACUCCGUUGUUUUUGUCAACUGUCCCAAUGAGCAAAUUGCCAAAGAUGUUGCCAGGGCCAUAUUGGAUAAGAAGUUGGCCACUUCUGUGAACAUCUUGCCUAAGACGUCGUCACUGUACUUUUGGAAGGGAGAAAUAGAAGAAUCCACUGAGAUCUUGUUGCUAAUAAAGACAAAGACUUCCAAGGUCUCCAGGCUGUCCACCUACGUGAGGUUGGCUCAUCCUUUUGAAAUCCCAGAGGUCUUCAGUAUUGCCAUGGACCAAGGAGAUGCUCGCUAUUUAAAGUGGCUUGAGGAGGGCAUGAAGGAGAAGUAAGCAGAGAAACUGUGCAGGCUGCUGCUGUCGGCUGAGGCCUUCCUGACUGCUCUGGGAAAGGCCACCUUUCUGCCUCCCCAGGGGUUACGAACAGCACAGAGGUGACCUGUGCAUGUGAAGUGAAGGCCAGCCAGGCCGCAAGAGCUAAGUGGAGCCUGUCUUGGGGUGCUGUGUAUUUUCAGGCAGUCAGAGGGUGUGAGGGUGAGGAGCGGGGGCAGAGGGGUGGUGGUAGUAGGCACUGGGCCUACUAUAAGUGCCCGGGGUGUAAUCACUCCUUUGCUUCUUGUGGGGACAGAGAGCCUUUCUCACCUGCGUGUGUGUGGGAUAAAUGCCUUCCAAAAAAAAAAAGAAAAAACCAAAAA